AUGAGUUCGCGUGAGUUGCAGUCCUUGUAUGCAGAUCUUAGCCAAAGACUGAAUGUCCCUGUGAGUGGGCAGUUUGUUCCUGAGAGAUUGGGGCAGUCGCCACCUGAUUUGAAUGUGCCAGCUUUCGUGAGACAUCAAGGUAACACGUUACCUGGUGUUCCAGCUGAAAAUGCGAGGAGCAGUGAAGACAAAGACGUCUUUAGUCGCAGUGAGAAGUGGCUAGGGUCUCCACCUACGCCAAAUCAUCAGGCGUGGAAAGGGCGUGAAUCUGAAGUGCUGGGCAUGAAUGCCUAUAUUCACGAGUUGGUUGCAUGGGCGAACCAAGCAAGUGUUGAGUUUGGGAAGGAGAUCGCUCAGGCCGCGCGAUGGCCUACACAGAUUGCAUGGAACACGUUGUCUAAGAGUCAACAAGCGCGAGGAGUUCGUUUGUUUAGUGUGCUGAAGGCAGCGUUUGCAGAUCAUGGGCGGAUAACUCUUAUGAUCCAAAGUUUUGGAGAAGGGCUUGACAUUGUUGCAGUCGCCAUGCAGGGAGAUGUUUUUGGAAACUCUCUUUCGUAUAUGGGAAAUGGUUUUGAGUUGCUGAGGCAGCUUGCCAAGGAGUUUUCUCUGAGAAGCCGUGCUGAGGCUAUGAGUCUCAGGGCGAUGCUGAUGGCAAGAACGUUUCGAGCGCAGGACUCGUCAGCUCCAGUUGCUGACACAGUGCGUCAGAUUGAGGUGGCAGUGGCAAGGUUUGUGCGUUUACUUUCGCGUAUACGUUACAUCAUUCGCAAGGUGAGACAUAUGCCUCAUAUCGAUCUUCAGCUUUGCGAUGGGAACAUCAGCAGCGUUUGUUCGCCUGAGGCAGGUGAGGGAAUGGAUGGUCACGUCUUUGGCAUGAGUGCUAGGCCUUCUGAUGCUGGGAGCGGUGUGAAGUGCAACCGUUGUGGCAAGAAGGGGCAUCAAGUGAAUCAGUGCACGGCAGACCUUUCCAAGGUUAAGUGCUUCAAGUGCGGAGAGAUGGGCCACAUAUCUUUGAACUGUGCCAAGGGCAAGCAGGGUGAUGGUUCUCAGUCGAGUGCGAGGCCUAAGGGUUCUGAUGGCAAAGGUGCUGCUGCGGCCAAGGGUCAAGAAACGGGGGUUUGGUGGUACACAGAUGCUGAUGAAUCUUUUUACACCGAGGAAGGUGAUGAGCAAGAAGCACAGCAGGUGGACUCCACUCUUGUGUUAUCUUGUGUCAUUGAGUUAACUGAUGAGCCCAAUACGCGUUUUGAAGCUGUCCUUGAAGACAGCGAGUCGGUGUCUGUUGUGCUCCAAGAGCAGUUGUGUCAACCUUUGUUGCAGUCAUUGGGUCAAUCGCUUGGAACUGAGUUUUGGCUGCUUGACUCAGGUGCAUCAUGCUGUGUUGUCAAUCACGUGACUUUGAAGACGCUUCCGCAUGAUGAGUUGACUGCAUGUGGUUCGACGUUUAUGGCUGCGAAUGGGACUCCUGUUCCCUUUGAUGGUCGUUGCCAUGUUGUGCUAAAGGUUCGAACAAAGGAUUCAAGUGGAGCUACCAAGAAUGGUGUCUGCAAGAUUCCUGUGAUGGUGGGUGACACUCCUUACAAUAUCCUGUCAACGCGAACUCUUGGAAGGCAUGGCUGGCGUGUUGUCUUGGAUGAAGGCGUUUCUGUGUGUCAUGUGAAGUCGGGUGUUGAUAUGAUUGAUACCUGUAUUUGGUGUGACACGCCUUGGAUCCGCGUGAUUCCUCAUUCAGAAGGUGAUCUCUUGUUGCCGUCGGGUGACUCAGUUGAUCCUGCUCCAAUUUCCUCGAUUGGACAUGUUGCAGUUGUUUCGCAGAAGACCAGGGAAGAUCUUGAAAUUCACAGAGCAAAGGGCCACAUGCCCUUCCAUCCCGAUUGCGAACAUUGUCUGAAGUCCCGAGGUGUUACCCAACACAGGCGAAAGUCUGAGCGUGGAGUUGAAACAGAGAUUGUUGCAGAUUUUAUGUUUCUGGACUCUUCUGGAGAGAUGAUCAGCGUGGCUGAGCGCCAGACAAGUAGCUCCUUCAAGGUCCUCGUCCUUCGUGAGGCCUUUUCUUCUUCUAUUGGGGCUGUGAUGAUAACUGAGAACAUUGCAAACGACAGAGGUCUUCUUUUGAAGUGGCUUGCUGAGUUUGGGUUGUCGUCCUCACAGGCAAGCAUUGUGCUUUUGACAGAUUCCGAAGAAGCGGUGAAGUCGUUUGUUGCAGGUGCGUCGGAUAAGUACAUCUUUAUGGUGCGCAAGGCUGCGCCGCAGGCUCAUGAACAGCUUGGUGGUGCGGAAAGGACAGUCCGGGUCCUUAAAGAAGGGCUAGCUACCUUGCAAAGUGAUUUUCAGUCGCUUGGCUGCGUUUUGUCGUUUCGGAGAGACUUGCUGCAGCUUGCACUUUCUUACCUGUGCAUGAGUGUGAAUGCGAAUGGCAAAGCUUUUGGCGGUGAACGCUCUCCAAAGGAGGUUGCAGUUGGUCGAAGGUUGCCAGAUACCCCUUUUGCGUUGUUUGGGUCCAAGGUGCUUGCUGAGGUCCCUGAGUCUGUGAAGGCUUUGUGCCCGAAUAUGUCGCGUUUUGAGGCGGCAGCGUUUCUUCAUCCGCAAUUUGGGUCGCUUGGGAGCUUGGUGUAUGCGCAUGUGCGUGUGGGCCAGGUCUUGACGCCAAAGGUGUUUGUUGCCAAGUCGAUCAAGCUUGUGUUUCCGAUUGAGCUUGUCUUCGAGUCGGGGAUGUUUGAAGUUUUGCGUCGUCGUGGUGAGCUUGGGCCUGAGAGGCCAGAUCAUCCAGUUGCGCCUCGGAUUCUUCCGAGUUCCCAGGGUGCCUCUUUGAAGUGUCCUGUUUCCGGUCCGCCAAAGGAGUUUUUUGAGAGAUAUGGGUUCUCAGGUGAUUGCCGAGCGUGUUCCAACAUGGCACAAUUUGGGUCUAGGAAGGGCUCUUCUCAUGGUCGGGCUUGCUGUUUGAGAUAUGAAGCGUGGUUGCGGUCGCAAGUUGCAACAGAUGACAGCAUGGACGUUGAAGUGCCUGUGGCUUCGGAUGCAGAGGCUAUGCGUGAAGCUCUUUCUGAGUUGGCCGAGGAUGAGUCGAGGCAAGACCGAGCUGUGGAGGAGGCUCAGGGUUCUCCUGUGUCUCCCCCGGCCAGUGGGGACGCUGCUUCGUCUGAGGCUCCAGCGAGGAUUGUGAGCGAGGCGGCCCCCAGUGGUCGUGUUUUCACGCGUGGUUGUCCUGCGUGCGAGUCUGGCAUGAAUGCUCCUGGCAUUCGUCACAAUGCUGAUUGCAAGCGAAGAAACCAACAUCUCAGUGUUAGAUUUUCUGUUUCUGGGGAGCCCGAUGAUGACGAAGCUUCAUCCAGGCGUCUGCCUGAAAAUCUUGAAGGAGCUGCUGCUCCUGAGUCUGAGGGCAUUGGGGCUCUUGAUGAGGACACUGAGAUGCCGUUUGCCGAUCCAGUGUUGACUGGAAGUGAAGGCGGAGGCAGCCUAGAGGCUGAAGAAGUGCUUCGUGGAAGCAGUGCUGUGAAACGCUCCUCUGAAGUCCCGUUGGAAGAUCUGGAGCGUGAGAUCAGGCAGGACCAAGAAAGGGUUGCUUCAGUUAUGGUUACCUUCCAUAAUUGCGAAACAGGGAAUGAUGUUCACAUGCCUCUUGCGAGUUUUGUUGAGCAAGCGUUCCAGGUUUCUAACUAUGUCCCUUUGCUUUCAGGGCUUGUGGAUUCGGUUCAGUUCGCCCCGAACUCUACGAGUGUUGUUUUGCCGUUUGGGAAAAGGUCGCAUUUGAGACUUUGGAAGCCUAGUUCCGCUGUUGAUGACUCUACCUUGGGUGAGCUUUCAGGAGAUCAGGUCAUGGAGGGCAUGGUCAAAGAAGUCAGCAAUUUGAGUCACAUGGAAACUGGGGAUCUGUUGACUGCUUCAGAACUUCAGAGUCUUGAGAAGAGGUUCCCAGGUACCUUGAAGGUCAUCCCUAGUCGUUGGGUCACGACGCAGAAAACACCAACUACUGUGCGAGCUAGGAUUGUCAUCAAGGAUAUUGCUGGCAAGAACUCAGAGUCUGCAAGGGCUUUGGGCAUUUCAAGUCCUACUCCUAGUGCCGAUGCUUUGUUCACGGUUCUUGGGGUUGCAGGUUGCAGAGAUUGCUUGAUUGCGAGCGCUGAUGUAUCUCACGCUUUCAUGGCUACGCCUUUGAGGGAAAGGGAUGUGGUUAUGAGGUUUCCUCUGUCAGUGUCUUCGGUUUCGGGGGAUCCUUUGUAUCUUCACCUCAACAAAGCCCUCAAUGGGCUACACAAGGCUUCGCAAGAAUGGAUUUACUUCGUAGGGGAGACUGUGAAGGUUUUGGGGCUUCAAAGUUGCAGCUUAGAGCCGUGUCUGUUUUCAGGCAUGCUUGAGUCAGGUCCCUGUUUGCUGUUGGUCUAUGUGGAUGAUUUUCUGUGCAUUGCGCCAACAAAGGAGGAUGUAGAUCACAUCUUUGGAGUGAUUGAGGAGAAAGUUGAACUCAAGAGAACUGGGUUGAUCAAUUCUUCCAAGGGUGGCGGUGGCACUUUGCGGUUCAUUGGUAGGGUUAUCUCCAGGAGAAAGGGGGAGUCCUCUAUCACAGUGUCUUUGCCAGAAGAUUAUUUGGAUGAGACCUUCAAGGCUUAUGGUCUUUCGGGAAAAGGUUCCUCAAGUCCCCCAGAUGUAGCGGUUCAUGUUGAGAAGCUAGAUGGAGUUCCAUUGUCUCCUGAGGCAUAUGCCAGGUUCAGGUCUGCGUUGGGGAAAGUAGCGUGGAUGACGCAGACUCGCCAGGACUUGCGUGCUUAUGUGUCAAUCUUGGCAACACAGCAAGCUACACCCACAAAUCAUACUGAGCAUGGUCUCCGAGCCUUGCUUCGAUUUCUGAAGAACGACAUGUGCGUGGUUGUGCGGUUGCCUGCUGCGAGUGAUGUGUUGGCUCCCUCGCAACACUACCAAGGAAAGAGGCACCUUGUGUGUUUCUCUGACGCGUCGCAUGCGCCUCUGAGGUGCACGAAGCGCCGUGGAAUCAGUGGAGGAGUGUUGACACUUGAUGGCUGCGUGAUAAAGACUUUAUGUCGCCACCAACAGCUUGUGUCGCUGUCGUCUAUGGAGUCAGAGCUGUUUGCGUUGCAGUCGGUUGCUCAAGAAAUGUCGAGUCUUGGAAAGUUCAUGGCAAGGGUUUUCAUGUCGUUUCGAGAAAGCGAGGAAGUUGAAUUGCCUGGGGUACUUUACAGUGACUCAGAAAGCGCUUUGAAGCUUCUUCGCAAUUUGGACACACCCAGGCAAAGCAGACAUCUUGAGAUCGAGUGGCUUAAAGCUCGUGUCGCGGCGGGUUCUUUGGUCCUUGCUUUUAAGAAGGGAAUCGAAAACCCGUCAGACCUCUUGACUAAGUGUUUUGGGUCCUCGGUUUUCGGGAUACAUCGUGAAGCGUUGGGCUUUGAGUCGCUGUCGGGACCACUUGCGUCUUUAUGCAAUCAUGAGAAGAGAUUGGUGAUGGUUGAAGUGUGCUGUCGACCGCAGUCGAGUGUUCAAGAUGCAUGUCGCAGAGUCGGGAUGAGUUAUGUUGGCGUGACUGAGAACAUGCAGAGUGACAGCGUGUUCAAAGAGGUGCGUCGAUAUCUUCUGAACUUUGCGUGUGACUGCGUGUUUGUGCAUGUGUCCACGCCUUGCUCUUCUGGAUCUUACUUGCGUCGGUUCUCUGGCGGGAGCUCGUCGAAGUCGGAUUGGGAAUGGUUUGAGGUGUUUCCUUGUGUGUUGAAGUACUUGAAGCUUGGGAAGCACUCGAGCUUUGAGCUGCCAUGGAACAAUGAGAUUUGGCAACAUGACUUGUGCCAGAAGGUGCUGAAGAAGGCAGGCCACACGUUCGAUGUGCCGGUGAGGUUGGAUGGACCGAAACAGGUUUUUACACUCCGAAACUCGCUGAUGCGAUUGUUCGAGGUGCGAACUCGUGCUGCCAUGGUUCUCACGACCGAUGAGCGCAGGGAGCUGCGCCGUUUGCUGGAUAAGAUGGAUUCUGCAGAUGGCUUGGCUUCGACUGCCAAUACUUCUAUGACCGAUGGGACCAAGCGUCUCAGAGAUGUGGGUGGAUAUCCAGAGGAUGGGUCUACUGCAUCAGGUUCUGCUUGCGGUGCCCAGCUGCCGAUUUCAAAGGGAAGCGCAAAGGGUGUCGUGAGCACGCCCAAGUGUUAUGAAGACCUCGUCGAUGCCUUCGAGGGGGAAGAGUUUGGGGAGAGUGACAAUGUGAUUGUCGUGAGCUAUACGGGUACUGAGGUCACCUCGGUGCCACUUCCAAGUGAUCUCUCCGUGGAGGAUUGGGGUCGAACAAUCUGCGAUCUGCCAAAGGUCCAGAAGAAUAAGACUUGGUUUAAGAAGUCCUAUGCGGCCUUGGUCAAGCUGUCCAAGGAGGAUAGCGACCUUGCAAGCUAUCUCAAUUGGGUCAAGGAGAAAUUUGGUCGCAGUUACGAUCCGACGACCCCAGCCAGUCAAGCCUCGGACCUUGCGGGGUAUUUGAUGAGGCUUGUGCUUUUCGUGCAGCUGAAGGUUGCCUGGCUCCUCGCCCGCGUGGACGAGCUGUGGAAGCACCCCACCUGCCCGGCCUGCCAGGUCACCUUUGACGAUGCGGCUGAGGUUGGUGACUUCCUCUCUGACGACACGCCCACUCCUCGCCCAACGAAGGCCCAGGAUGACCGCUCCAAGCGCAACACCCGCAUCCUCAAGUCCCUUCGGAAGGUGUGGGCCGAUCUCCCGGAUGAAGCCAGGACCCAGCUCAGCGAUGCCGGGUUUGAGGCCCCUCAGACCUCUGAUGCUGAUAUGGAGCCCGACCUCCUGGCCUUACUCCAGGACAACGUGGAGCGGCUCCCGGAGUGCAUCCGUCAGGCUUUGCCUCCACCUCCUCCUGAGCCAACCCCCGACCCUCUUAAGGCAGGUCGUGAGUCGGGUAAUGCUCUCCGUCGUUCCAUCUUGAAGCUCAAGCAGUUGGGACAGGAGAAGCUCAGGCUCCAGGAGGAGAUCAACAAGACCAAGACCAAGCUCCACGACCUUCUCCGCGGCAUGCAGGAGCUCCAGGAGGCUAUCUCUGAGGCAACCGAUGUGGUCGACUUAGUGCUCGAAGCCUUGGGGCUCUCUCCAGAGGCCCUCACGGACUUCGAGCCUCGAUCAAGUGACGGGCAGGCCAACGGUGAUCUUACCGAUGAGGUCCAGGACGGCUCUACCGAGAACCCUGGGGCUCGCCAGGUCGGCCUCACCACCCCGACGAAGACCCCGACCGCUCUCCUUCCCGAGUGCCCUCGGCCUCUGACGCUGCCAAGGUUCCACGCUCUUCUCGACGGCAGCCCCGGAUUCUGUGCCAGGCGUGACAGUCGGUCCAAGCACCGCCGCCACCGGCUCCACAUGCCGGGCCUUUUCACCCAGCUCCAGGUCGAGAUGUGCGACCAGGUCGAGGAUGCUAUUUCGCCGGGUUCUUCCGAGGAGUGGUUUUUGGAACAUGCCCUUGAUGCCAUCCAUGAUGACUCACCCUCCCCCGCAAAGUGGCUCCUGUCUGCCAAUGUUACUCACUGGAGGCCAGAGGUUCGGGAUUGGGCCUUCUCUCUUGAAGGCCAUGGGGUUCUGCUCCAGGAGCUUCACCUCACCUCUGAGGCUGCUCAUGAGGCUGCGAUUGCCGCCUCUAAAAGAGGGUUUCGCCUCUUUACCUCGCCUCCCUUCCUGAGUGAUAAGAGGCGCCCCUUGGGAGGUUUCGGUGUCCUUAUCCGCUCCUUCCUUAAUCCUCGUCAUGUCCUUACCCACACCGUGGAGGGUUGUGGUUUCCUGGCGGUUUCGCUUCGGUGUUCCGGUUUCGAACUGACCCUGGUUUCCAUUUACCUCCAGUCCGGUACUGGCUUUAACUCUCCGGUCAACGCCGAUGUCCUUGCUCGCCUCUUAGCCUUUCUUCCUUCCCUCCGGGGUGUGUGGAUCGUUGCUGGUGACUGGAACAACCCCAUACAAGAUCUCCUCGCCACUCGGCUUGAGGAAGUUUCCCAUGGGCGUUUCCUGGGUUCCGGUUCACCCGCCGCAGCAACCGACCGGGAACUUGACUACUUUCUGGUCUCGUCUCCGGCUGUUGCUUCCCUGCAAGUCGUUCAGGACUGGGUCGUCCCCUUCAAGCCUCACUGCGCUCUGCGGGCCACUCUUCAGCUCAGCUCUCUGCAGCUUCCCUACCCGCAACUCGCUACCUUUUGUGAGGUCUUUCCUGACCCCUUGCCUUUUCAACCCUCGGUCCCGAGCCCCUCGCCUAUCGCUGAGGUUAAUCUUCUUGGCCUCACUUCCACCGACAAGCUCACUCUCGACUUCGCCGAGUUGAGCUCUUUCCUCGAGGUCUCUCACGGGUUCCCCGACCGAGGGCGUGGGGCUUUCGUCCCCUUUCUUCACAAGCCCCUUGUCCAGGGCCACUCUGUUACCUUUGCCUGGAAAGGCCAGCUCCCCUCCUUGGUGUCAGCCGUGCUUCACCUGCUCGACCGGCCCGAAGCUGUGCAGUCCUUCUUGUGGUCCUCUUCGGACACUUCCCUCCCCUCGGAGGUCCGCGCCUUUUGUGACCGGGUGCGCGACGGCUCCGCUUCUUCCGCCACCCUCCGCGCCGAAGGCACUGCCCUCCUUGGCCAACUCCGGCGCGAGCAAACUGCCCAGCAAGCUGACCAGUACGGUGAAUGGCUGGAGGAAGCUUCGGGUUCACACCUGGGGCCGCUCUUUCGGGCCAUCAAGUCCCAUGAGCAGGUGCUUGAUCGGCCCUUUCAAGAUUGCGAUGGACUCCGCCGUGUCUUUGAAAGGCAUGAGCAUUGGGCCCGCGUUUGGCAUGCCUCGGUUUUCCCCCAGCACUUUGCUCACCCUCUCCUCGCGGAGCUCCGCUCGAGGGCCGUCUCCCAUUCUGGCACCCUGGCUCCCUUGACUGUUCCCCACCUUCAGAAACUUCUCAAGAAAGCCGGGAAAAAGAAAGGGGGCCCAGACGGCUGGAGCUACCCAGCCCUUCGUGCACUGGACCCGGCGGCUCUCCAGCUCGUUGCCGACUUCCUCGCCCGUGCUGAGGCUGAGGUGCUUCUGCCUUUCCAGCUCACCUGCGUUCAGGUCGCUCUUCUCCCGAAGUCGGCCGACAAGGAGCGCCCCAUAAGUCUCCUACCGUGUCUGUGGAGAUUGUGGGCACGAGCUAGGUGGCAGGACAUCUCGGCUUGGACAUCGGCUUACGCCCCCGCCCACCCGUGGGACCGGGCGGUUCCAGGCCAGGCAAGCCUGGACACGGCACUGGCCCGCCUCGUCAGAUCAGAGCAUUCAAAGCUCGAGAAGACUCACAUAGUGUCGCUCUUCCUCGACUUGCGAGGCUUCUUCGACUCUGUGAGCUAUGAGCGCCUUCUCCUCCAAGGGCUCGCUCACAGUUUCCCUCCUCUUCACCUCUGGUUCGCCCUCCAGGUCUACCAGGGUCCUCGCUGUCUCGUGGCCGACUCGAUCGCUGCCACGCCGCUCUUUCCUGGCCGGGGCGUACCCCAGGGCUGCCCUCUCGCACCCUCGCUUUCCAAACUCACCAUGUCCGAGCCACUCCAGAAGGUUUCUUCCCUUCCCUUCGUCACCAACACAGACUUAUGGUUGGACGACGUGAGUUUAGACGUGGUGGGUUCCGACCCUGUCGAGGUCGCUUCCUCUGCGCUUCAGGCCUACCGGGUUCUUCAUACCUCCCUCGGCCUUGAGGGCCUAGAGGUUGAGACCACCAAGACCAAGUUCGUCGCCGGUACGGCCCGCGCUCGCGCCGCGCUUCAGCAGCUGCGGCGCCCGGGCGACCCCGACACCGCUGACCUUGUUAAGGACCUAGGUCUUGACUGCGCUGCUGGCCGACGGCGGCGCAUCACCACCGCUCAAAAGCGCUUUCGCACCGGCAUCGGCCGUAUCCGCCACAUGCGCCGCCUCCGCAUUCGCCGCAGGUGGGUGCGUGGCCGGCUGCUCCAAGCCUCCGCCCUUAAGGCUGGUCUUUAUGGCCAUCAGGCCGUAGGGGUUGCCCCUAAGCGCCUUAAGGUCUUACGCUCGGCGGUUGCGCGCGAGGCUGGUCGUUUUGAGCACGGCUCCGCCGACGUUAUUCUCGACCUCAUGUCCCACAAGGCCGUUGACCCACACCAGCUUGUGGUAGUGGAACAGCUCCAGGCCCUUGGGCGUCUUGCCUCCAGCGCCUCACCCGAAGGCGUGCGGUUACUCACCCGCACUUGGGCCUCCUCCUGGUCCAGACAGGCCUCUGCCACCCAUGGGUGGAAAAUCGUGAACGGUCCCGUUUCCGCGCUCAUCCAGUACUUACUGGACUUGCGGGUGUCUGCCCCUACCCCUGAGGUCUGGACACACCGCGAGGCUACCUUUCACUUCCGCUUCCGCGAUCCGGGAGCGGUUUUUGAGGCCUCUGCUUUCCUCCGCCAGGUCAUUCAGCUCGAGCGCUGGUCCCGUAUCGGCGCCGUCUCCACUGCCGCUGGUGCCGCCCCUGGCAUCGUUUGGACCGUGCCUCGCCGCCUCUUAGCCAGUCCUCGGACGAAGCCCUGGCGGCAUGGCCUUAGGGCCGUCUUUCAAGGCGCCCUCUUCCAUUCGGGCAACGGAGGGAAGGAACGGUGCAAGUUCUGUGGCGGCCCCAACACGCUGCACCACCUCCUUUACGAGUGCGAAAAAAUCCCCGGCGCCCUCAUGCCCGCGGGGUGGCUGCUGUCCUACAAGCGGCGACAUCCUGCCGACUGCCUUUGGUUGCGCGGUAUGCGCCCCCUUACCUCCCGCGAGCCCCUCGCCCGCGAGGCUGAGGUACGCCGUACAGGUCUCUUCCUUGAAGGCACCCCUGACCUAACCGGGCUCUACGUUGCCACCGACGCUUCCGGAGGCCCUGCCUCCAAGGAUAGCCGCCUCCGCUCGGUUGGCUGGGCUGCGCUUGUUGCCAGCAGGAACGAUGGCGACCUUGUCGUGCUGGGCACCCUGUCCGGGCUCUUGCCUGCCCCUGCUUCUGUGCCGGAGGGCGAGAGCGAGGCCAUUGCUCAGGUCCUCCUCUCUUCCCGUGGCACUUUUGACCUCACUUGCGACUGCCAGCCCGCCCUGCGCAGCCUGCAGGGGCCCUUCACGAAGCGCACUUCGCUUGUGUGGGCCAAGGCGUGGGAUCACAGGCACCGAGCCGACCCCCACUGGGUUCGCUCUCACCUUAGUCCUUCGGACUUUUGUUUUGAGUUUGGCGCUGACGCCCUGUGGCGCCAUGAGCUCAACUCUCUUGCGGACAAGCUCGCCAGGGACCGCGCGGAGGAGGUUCAGACCCCACACCGUCUUGCCGCCCAGAAGGAGGUCGACCGUGUCACCUCCCUCGUUUGCGAGUAUCUCGGUCACCGCGCGGUCGCAAUUUUGGCCAAGGCCGAAAAGGAGGAUUUCGUGCCGCGGAAGAACCGCCUCCUCUCCGCUCUUGAGUCUUCCUCUUCCCCCUCGCCCAACAAGAGGCAGAGGUUGCAAGCCCUCCUUGACGAACCCCCCCUUCCGGGCGGGCACGUUUGGGCUCGCACCUCUAAGGAGAAGAGUUUCAACAUGUGUGUUAAAUGCUCCGAGUGCUCUCUUUGCAUCUACCAGGUUGACACGCCGGAAACCUUCGAGCGUCUCAUUUCAUUCCCGUGCCGAACGGCUGCGGUUUCGUGCCCCUUUGCGGUCCACUCCUCGCACAGCCUUGUGCGCCAGGGGCCGUCCUGGAAGUGUGGCCAGUGUCAUGGCCAAGUGACUCUUCGCAUGGGCGUCGCGCCAAAAAAGCUCGUAGCGCCUUGUGCGCUUCCUUCGGUGCGGGGGUUUUUCUCUAAGGGUUCCCCCUCCCCUGGGCUCCAGGCUUCUCCUUCUGCCUCUGCCGCUGCCCCUGAGGUCCCUCCCGUGCUUUGUUCCUGGGGUUCGCUCCAGGGUUCUGCGUCUGCUUCUGCCCUCACUUCGGUUGAGGUUUCAGACCCCAAAGCCACUUCCCCUCUCGAAGGCCCCAGGUCUCCUUCGGAGGUUCCCCGGGCCCAGGCUCUUGCUAGCCCUGGUUUGGCACUUGAGGCCCCAGCUCUAAAGGCUCCAGGCUUCGCUCUCCCUAGCGCCCCUGCCUCCAAGCCCAAAGCUAAGCCUCGUCCCAAGCCCAAGCCCAAGCCUUCCGCCCCGUGCCCUCCGAUCACUCAGUUCUUCCGCUAG